AUGGCGGAAACUUGUGCUCACCGUCGACCUCGCUCUCCUCAACCCUCAAAAAUCGACGAAAUGGCGCCCACCACCCGCUCGAACCUCCGCAUCGGCCUCAACAAGGGCUACCCCACCACCGUCAUCCCCAAGGCGGUGAAGCCCUCGCACAAGAAGGGGAUCAAGACCGAGAAGAAGCUCUUCGUCAAGUCGAUCAUCCGCGAGGUCGCCGGCUUCUCGCCCUACGAGAAGCGCGUCAUGGAGCUGCUGCGUAACUCCAAGGACAAGAAGGCCAAGAAGCUCACCAAGAAGCGCCUCGGCACCCUCCUCCGCUCCAAGCGCAAGGUUGAGGAGCUCUCCUCGAUCAUCCAGGAGCAGCGCCGCGCUGCGGGCCACUAA